AUGUCCCUGGUCGGCGUGAAGUGCCUGGUGACCGGAGCUGGGGGGUUUCUUGGCCAAAGGAUUGUUUGCCAGUUGCUGGAGGAAGGAGAGAAACUGGCUGAGGUCCGCGCCUUGGACAAAGCUUUCAGCUCGGAGACACUUCAGCGCUUUGCAGAUCUGAAGAGCACAACUCCCUUGACGAUCAUGAAAGGGGAUAUCAGGGACAUGUCGUUCCUUCGGAAAGCCGUCCAAGGGAUCUCGCUCGUCAUACACUCUGCUUGCGUCAUUGACAUCUUGGGCCUGGUAGACAAGCCUGUGUUGUGGGACAUCAACGUUACAGGUACGCGACUGCUGCUGGAAAUGUGCCUUCUCCAGGACGUCAAAUACUUCAUCUACACCAGCAGCCUCGAAGUGACGGGUCCGAACCGCAAAGGGGACCCCAUGUGCAACGGCGACGAAGACUCCGUCUACCGAGUCACUGAUGGAUUUCCUUACGCCGAGACGAAGAGAGAGGCGGAAAAAUCUGUGCUGGAGCUAGACGGGCUGCCGCUGAAGGAUGGCAGCAGUUUCGUGACCUGCGCGUUGAGGUCCAUGUACAUCUUUGGAGAAGGGAGCCCUUUCCUCCUGAAGCACGUCGACGAAGCCAUCUUAAACAACAGAGUCUUCCUGAGGAUCUCCAGGAAGGAGGCUCUCGUCAACCCGGUCUACGUGGGGAAUGUCGCUUGGGCUCACGUCCAAGUGGCGAAAGCCAUGAGGAACCCAGCGAAGGCCAAGCAGGUCCGAGGACGGUUCUAUUACAUCUCCGACGACUCUCCCCAUUUGAGCUACGCGGACUUCAACCACGAGCUGGCGAAGGAGCUGGGGUUCGGCGUGGAGCCCAGGCUGAGAAUGCCCCUGACGAUGCUCUACUGUUACGCUCUGCUGCUGGAGAUCAUGAGCUUCCUGCUCCGGCCUUUCGUCAGGUACAUCCCGGUCAUCAAUCGUCACCUGCUGACUGUGCUGAACACCCCGUUCACCUUUUCGUUCCAGAAGGCACAACGGGAUUUUGGCUACGCGCCCCGCUACAGCUGGGAAGAAGCCAAGCAGCGCACCAGCCGGUGGAUUGCUGAGGUGACCCCAUUAAGGACCACCUACCUGAGAAGCAAGGAAGUCUAA